UUUUUUUUUUUUUUUGAGGCCGCUUUUGAGAGUGUUUUUCUGGGUUGGUUUUUUCUUUGGAGGGGAUUUUCGGGGGUCUGGCGGGCAGCACGCGGAUGUCCCGGGCCGGGGGGGGUCGCGGGGGUCCGUAGGGUCGGGGGUCGCCCCGGGGGCCCGGCCAUGGCCUCGGUGCCCGUGUACUGCCUGUGCCGCCUGCCCUACGACGUGACCCGCUUCAUGAUCGAGUGCGAUGGCUGCCAGGACUGGUUCCAUGGCAGCUGCGUGGGGGUGGAGGAGGAGGCGGCGGCGGAGAUCGACCUGUACCACUGCCCCCAGUGCGCCGUGCUCAGGGGGCCUUCCGUCAUGAAGCGGCGCCGUGGCCCGGCCAAGGCCCCGGAGCAGGACCCCGGCCGUCCGGCCCGGACCGGCAGUGCCCAGUUCAUCCGGGAGCUGCGGGGCCGCACCUUCCCCAGUGCGGACGAGGUGCUGCUGCGGCCCAGCGGGGCCCAGCUGACCGUGGAGUACCUGGAGGAGAACAGCUUCAGUGUGCCCAUCCUGGUGGCACGGCACGAGGGGCUGGGCAUGACCCUGCCCCCCCCGUCCUUCACCCCCCGCGACGUCCUGCACCACGUUGGAGCUGACAAGGUGGUGGCUGUGCUGGACGUGGGCCGCCAGGCCGAGCUGCGCAUGCGCCUCGGGGACUUCGUGGCCUACCUGGGGGGACCCCGGCGCGAGCGCGUCCUCAGCGUCACCGGCCUGGAGUUCUCAGACACACGGCUGUCGAACCUGGUGCAGACCCCGCGGAUUGUGCGGAAGCUCUCGUGGGUGGAGAACCUGUGGCCGGGGGAGUCGGCGCGGGAGCGGCCGAGCGUGCAGAAAUUCUGCCUGAUGGGGGCCAAGGACAGCUACAGCGACUUCCACAUCGACUGCGGGGGCACCUCGGCCUGGUACCACGUGCUCAGGGGCGAGCAAAUCUUUUACCUGGCGCGUCCCUCGGCCGCCAACCUGGCGCUGUUCGAGGCCUGGAGCAGCUCCCGGAACCAGCCCGAGCUCUUCUUCGGGGACCAGGUGGAUCGGUGCUUCCGGUGCCACCUGCGCCAGGGACAGACCCUCUUCAUCCCCACAGGCUGGAUCCACGCCGUGCUGACCCCCGUGGACUCUCUGGCCUUCGGGGGGCAUUUCCUGCACAGCCUCAACAUCGGCAUGCAGCUCCGGGCGUAUGAGCUGCAGCGUCGCCUCAACACCCCCGACCUGGCCAAGUUCCCCAAUUUUGAGACCGUCUGCUGGUACGUGGGGAGGCACCUGCUGGACACCUUCCGAGGUGGUCCCCCAAACCCCAAUCCCGUUUUUGGGGUGUCCCCAGGGCUCCCCCGGAAGCUGCCCCGGGCCAAGCCCUGCUCUGACCCCAACCGGGUGCGGGAGCCGGGGGAGGUCGACUUCGACAUCGAGGAGGAUUACACCACUGACGAGGAGGACGAGGGGGGCGCGGGGGGCAGCGCUGGGAUCCUGGACCUGCUCAAGGCCAGCCGGCAAGUGGGGGGCUCCGAGUACCCCCAGCUCAGCGAGGCCCCCGCCUCCCCCAGCACACGCGAGGCCAUCCAGGGCAUGCUCUGCAUGGCCAACCUCCCUGCAGGGACCCCUCUGGGACCCCCAAACUGGUGGGGAGGGGGUGGGGGCACUGAAAGGGGAGGUCCUGGGGGGUCUGGGGGGCCCCGCAGAGCCCCCCCUGCCCCCCGGAGCACCGACAGCGAGGCUGAGGGGAGCCUGGAUGAGCAGGACAGCCUGGGGGCCUGCUUCAAGGAUGCUGAGUACAUUUAUCCCUCACUGGAGUCGGAUGAGGACGACCCCGCCCUGAAAUCGCUCCCCAAAAAGAAGAAGGUGACGGACGACGCCCCCUGGAGCCCCAAAGGUUUGGGGGGGUCCUUGGAGGGGUUUUGGGGGGGUCCCUGGGGCAGGGCCUGGGUGGUUUGGGGAGGUUUGGGGGAUUUGAGGAGCCUGGGGUUGGAUUUGGGGUUCCUGGGGAUCCUGGUCCCGCCUUCUUCGGGGCAGGGGCUGAUUUGGGGUCCCCCUUGCCUUGUUUGGGGUCUGAUUUUGGGGUGUCCCCCCUGUUCCCUGUCUGAUUUUGGGGUGUCCCUCUAUUCCCUGUCUGAUUUUGGAGUGUCCCCCCAUUCCCUGUCUGAUUUUGGGGUGUCCCUCUAUUCCCUGUCUGAUUUUGGGGUG